CUUUGUGAACAGCAGUUGUCACGAUGUCUGAUGCCUGGACGAGGAUCUUCACCAUCCUUUGUCUCUGUUGCGCAGCAGAGAUGAAAGGAGUGGUUUGGAAAAAAGUUGGACAAUCCCUUACAAUCCAGUGCAGGACUGAGUCUGAUCAAGAUUUUCUGAAUUUAAAAAUGGAGACUGCCAAUGAGGAAACUGACAUGGUUGGUAUAGACAAAGCCACAGAAAAAAGAAUUGUCCUUCAAGGAAUGACAGAAAGAGUUCAGACUUAUGGAGCAUUUCCCAAUGUGGAUAUCAUCAUUAAAAACUUGAAUGGAAAUGACACAGGAUCAUACUGGUGUCUGUAUUCAAGAACGAGCGAAACAUUUAAUCAACAAGUAACAAAAGGUGACGGAUCUGUUCUGCUCUUUGUGACAGAAACAAAAGAGGUGAUUUGGAGAGAGUCGGGACAAUCCGUUACGAUCCAGUGCAGAAUUAAUACUGAUCAAGAUUUUCUGGUAUUGAAAAUGGGCCUUAACGAGGAGACUGAGGUUGCCUUUAUCAACAGAGCCUCUAGAAAAACACAUUUUCAUAAAGGAAUCGCAGGAAGAGUUCAAACAAGUGGAACAUUCCCAAGUGUGGAUAUUGUAAUUAAAAACUUGAAUGGAAGUGACUCAGGGCCAUACUGGUGUGUGUAUUCAAAACUAGAUGACAACUACCAUCCACUGGUAACAAAAGGUAAUGGAUCUGUUCUUCUAAUGGUGACCGGAUAUACUCAUGAAUCAACAACAACCAUUACGGGAGAGGCAAAAUGUGAUGCAUCAAGUCUUUCUUUGGUUGUGGUUUAUGUUCGCAUCAUCGUCAUUGUUCUGAUUGGCCUCAUGCUAGGUUUUAGCAUUUUGAUCAUGCACAAGAGUUGCAACAAACAACCACUUGAAUCGUUGUGAUGAUUUUAAUGAAAAAAGAAAAACAUACAAGUCUGGAGACAUGAAACACAGGAUAUCAAGUGUGGACAAAAAACAAACAAUGAGCAAAAGAAUGGAGAAAAAGGUGAUGGAGCCAAAUGGAAAUUAGACAUUGAAACAAAACUAAAAUUCAAAAUAUAAAUACUGAGAUGUAAAGUGACACAAGAAACAGACAGACCAAUCAGGGGAAACACAGACUGAGAGUAAAAGGAUCUGGAAACCAAAGUGCAAAAUUUCACAAAUCUGACAUGACAAUCACAUUUAAAGGAAUGAAUUACAAAUAUGCAAGAAACACAACACAAAAAUAAAAAACUAAGCAUAAAGGAAUGAACUAAUCUGGCAACACCUUAAAAGUAAUGAUAAACACAGAGAAAUGAACAGAAUGGCCAGACUUUUGAACACAAAUGACCCACAGGAGAAAAUUAUUAUUUUAAAAAAUUUUUUUUACACUCAAUUAUUAUAUUUACACAGACAAAAGAUAAAACUCAAACACAACAUGAUAUUCUUUUGAUCUGUUUUGGUUGCAACAAAGAGAUUACCCACAUUAUUUUACUCCGACAUGGGGACAGGGGAUAAUCUUUGACCACAGCAAAACAAGAAGACUAUGAAAGGACUGACGUAUACAUUUAUGUGGGUAUCAUGCUGAUCCCCACACGAUGCCGCCCUGGGUGGUUACCCAUUACGCCCAUAUUGAAAACCGCUAACUUUAAGUCUUCCACUUGUUUAAGUUCUGUUUAGAGUUGCAAUACUUAGCCUCUUUACUUUUCUUUGUGGAUCUUAGUUCCUGUCAAAAGUUUGGUUUCUUGCUCGCUUCGUGUCCUGUUUAUAUUGUAUAACUUGUUUCUGAGUUUUGUCAUUUCUCUGUAUUUUCAGUCAUUCUUUUGUUGGGCUGUUAGCUGUAAUCCUUGGUUCCAGUGUUUAUUUUGUGUCUAUUUCUCUUCAGCUCUCCUGAAUUCCCCACAGUAUUGUCUUUCUUCUGGUUUGUCUUUGCUCAACUCAUUACUACACUUGUUUAUUUUUAACCAGUAAUAAAAAUGUUUUAUCUAAUGAUCUAAGCAAUAAUAAAAUUGUUAGAUAUGACAACAGCAGCAGCAUGAUCCUGCUGUUGUACUUGUCAUUUCACUGUUAUUUGUAAUUCCUGUCUCUAGUUUGUUUAUGCCUCCUGCAUUUUGGGUUUUGCUGCUUCCAGUUUCAUUUUUUGCAUUAAACCUUUUUACUCAGAGCUCAUCUCGCCUCCUGCAUAUAGACUCUCUCAUCACACCACUUACUGUCAACAGUUCAGCUAUUGUAUAUAUUUGUAGAUAAUUUCCUUCGGUACUUAUUCUGUGAUCCAGUUGUAACUAUGCUAUGGUUUUACUUUUCAUUCAUAAAUGUUUUGCACAUGUUUUUUUUAUUUUAUUGUUUUUCAUGAAAUUUAGGCUGUUUGAGGUCUGUAUAAAGCACAAUUGUUGUUCUGUAAUGACUUAAUUCACAGUUCCAACAUGGCGUUUGAUGAUGUAGACCUAUUAAAACUUGGUAUUUUGGUGAGAAAUAACUUUUUUUGUUUGUUUCUUUUUCUGAGAAGGAUGUCAAAGCCUUAAAUAUCUGCAAUCGAUGCAGAUUUGCUGAGCUGCCACAAGAGGGCAGUAUUAAUGCAGCAAAGCACAGGGCUUCCAAUUUCUGGUAACUCCACACAUUUGACGUUCUUCCGCAAGAAUAAAAAGAAAAUUAAACGAGAAAAGCGAAUCAUGAUCCCACUGUAAGAAUUUUAAAAAAGGAUAAUAAUCUGAUCAAAUUAAUCAGUCUAACAUCAUUUUAAAAAAGUUUAAGGAAAAGCAGAUUUUGGACCUUAUUUAUUUGAUCAUCUGCAUUUCUGUUAAAGUUUAUUUAAAAGCAUAAACUUAUCAAAGGUGUAGAAACUGCUUACAAAUGUAUCUUUGAUAUGAUAUCCAUUCAAAAAUUAUGUACACACACAUUGCAGAUCCUAACUGGUCAUGA